GCCAGAGUUCAGCUUUGUUUAGUCAAUGAUUAUUUGUCCUGGAGCAGAUUAGAAAAAAAGGAGCGCAGCGAGCGUUCGCCCAGACAAACGAGCACCAUGAAGCCGUGGCAGAGCCUCUCGGUCUGUGUGCUGCUGGUACUUUGUGCGACACGGAGCGCAAGCGGAGGGAACAUUUUGGUCUGGUACACUGAAGGCAGCCACUGGAUUAACAUGAAGCCUGUGCUGGAGACGCUGAUCGACAGGGGUCACCGGGUCACGGUUCUGGUGCCGAGCGUGUCGAUGUACAUGAACACCAGUGAGCCUUCUCGCUUCGGCUACGAACCCUUCGACGUCUCGGUCUCAAUGGAGGCCAUGCAGGACUUCAUGAAAGACUUCCUUCACUUCUCCAUGUAUGAGAUAGAUCAUAUGAGCUACAUGCAGAUAUACAUGAAAUUCAUGGAUAUAAUGAAGGUCAACCUGCAGUAUUCUUUGAAGUAUUUGGACGGCGUGCUGAAAUCAGAAUCCAUCAUGAAGAAGCUGAAGGAGGGAAAAUAUGACCUUCUCCUGGCUGACCCUGUAUACCCCGGCAGUGACUUAGUAGCAGAGAUUUUGGGCAUCCCUCUGGUCUUCUCCCUUCGGUUCUCCUUAGCCAAUAACUGGGAGAGAAAGUGUGGUCAGCUCCCUGCUCCUCCUUCCUUUGUCCCCGGGGCUAUGAGCAAACUAACCGACAAGAUGGACUUCUCUGAGAGACUGUGGAACUUCCUCUACUACGCAUUGCAGGACCUCCUGCUCGAAAACAUUUUUUGGGACGUACUCGAUAAAUAUUACUCCGAAAUCAAAGGCAGCCACUGGAUUAACAUGAAGCCUGUGCUGGAGACGCUGAUCGACAGGGGUCACCGGGUCACGGUUCUGGUGCCGAGCGUGUCGAUGUACAUGAACACCAGUGAGCCUUCUCGCUUCGGCUACGAACCCUUCGACGUCUCGGUCUCAAUGGAGGCCAUGCAGGACUUCAUGAAAGACUUCCUUCACUUCUCCAUGUAUGAGAUAGAUCAUAUGAGCUACAUACAGAUGUACAUCAAAUACAUGGAUAUAAUGAAGGUCGACCUGCAGUAUUCUUUGAAGUAUUUGGACGGCGUGCUGAAAUCAGAAUCCAUCAUGAAGAAGCUGAAGGAGGGAAAAUAUGACCUUCUCCUGGCUGACCCUGUAUACCCCGGCAGUGACCUAUUAGCAGAGAUUUUGGGCAUCCCUCUGGUCUUCUCCCUUCGGUUCUCCUUAGCCAAUAACUGGGAGAGAAAGUGUGGUCAGCUCCCUGCUCCUCCUUCCUUUGUCCCCGGGGCUAUGAGCAAACUAACCGACAAGAUGGACUUCUCUGAGAGACUGUGGAACUUCCUCUUCUACGCUUUGCAGGACUUCGUGAUUGAUAAUAUUUUUUGGAAAGAACUCGAUAAAUAUUACUCCGAAGUCAAAGGAACACCCACCAGUGCCUGUGAGGUGAUGGGUAGGGCAGAUAUCUGGUUGAUGCGAACCUACUGGGAUUUUGACUUCCCUCGUCCUUUCCUCCCCAACUUCAAAUUUGUUGGUGGGAUUCACUGCAGACCUGCUAAACCGCUACCAGAGGUGCUGUGGAGAUACAGCGGAGAAGCUCCAGCGACUCUGGGUGCCAACACCAGAAUAUACGACUGGAUCCCGCAGAAUGACCUACUGGGUCACCCCAAGACCAGAGCUUUCAUCACCCACGGUGGCACCAAUGGGAUCUAUGAGGCCAUCUACCACGGUGUUCCCAUGGUGGGCAUCCCCAUGUUCGCUGACCAGCCAGACAACAUGGUCCAUGUUAAGGCAAAGGGAGCCGCAGUUAUUGUAGACUUGAACUUCAUGAAGACGGAGGACCUUAGAGAUGCAGUCAAUGCCGUCAUCAAUGACAAAUCGUACAAGGAGAAUGCCUUGUGGCUGUCCAGUAUCCACCACGACAGACCAAUGAGUCCCCGUGAUGAGGCGGUAUUCUGGAUCGAGUUCACCAUGAGAAACAAAGGGGCCGAGCACCUGAGGGUUCAAGCCCACAACCUCACCUGGUACCAGUAUCACAGCCUGGACGUCCUGGCCUUCCUCCUCACCGUUGUUCUGAUCCUCGUACUCCUCUUCAUCAAGACCUGCAGUUUCUGCUUCCGGAGGUGCUGUGGAGGAAGAGGAAAGGGGAAGACGAGGAGAAAGAGAAAGGCCGAGUAA